AUUCAAUCCCUCUUUCUUCCUUCCCUCUUUGUUCGUAAGAAGCGCAGCAAGACUUGAUUUCCGUUUUUCGCACGAUUUGAGGGAGCUCCCUUCCGAUGUGAACGGUACUGUACGUACGACUUCGUACGUACAAUGUUGACUCACCGCACAAGAAAAGAGGCCUCACGGGAUGCGAACGGUAGGUACAACAAUCGGAAAGCGGGAACUGAACAUCAUCCGGAGGAACAGCAGGGAUUGACACGGGAAACCUAUCGGCAACGGAAACAAAGCACAGUACAGCACCGCACGGCACCGCACCGCACCACGAGAAGGGAUUAAGCACCGGGCCACCGAGCACCAGCGAUGAAGGACCUGGAAAUUUUCUUGGAGAUUCUUAACACGCCUCCCCCGUUCUCGUCGAGAGACGGCGACGACGACAGGGCUGCUUGUGAACGGUUGUGGGACGAAUUCGACGAGGCCAAGAAGGAAGAACUCGCCGGUGUCUCGUACGCCUACUGGAUCGUUCGUUCGAGGGCAGGGGACCACAUCCCCGCGGGUGCGAGACAAAACUCGGCCAUGAAGGAAAUCCGGCGGCACUACAUCGGGGAAUCCAGGAACUACGCCAGGACGCUGGCCGUGAUCCGCGAGGCCCUGGAGCAUCGCCGCAGGUACCGGUUUGAUAUAGUUCGUUCCUGUUGCUUCGAAGACCAGAGCUAUGACAAUGACAGCGACGCCGAACUCGCUAAAAAAUACCGAUCGUUCAUCGUCAGCGAUCUGGAGACACAGCCCAUGGUAGUUCGUGGGGUCGACGCCGACCGCCGGACGAUCAUCUAUAAACCUCCAAGGAAUUCACCGGGCGACGCCGAAGGCUUCAUGGUGACGCAAAUCUACACUGCGGAAAGAGCCAUGGCAACAAGUGAAUUCGAGUCCAGGGCCGGGGAAGAAAAGCUGACGGUGGUCUUUAGCUUUCGCGAUUACUCGAGUAAAAACUCGCCGUCGACCUCUACCAUGAUUACACUGGCAACCUUGAUGCAAAGGUGUUAUCCCGAACGCCUGGGGGUCUUGAUAGUGGCCGAUCCACCGUUUUGGAUGAGGGUGAUCUUCAAGGUUGUGUGGCCCGUUCUAUCGACGGACACCGUGAACAAGAUCAAGAUGCCGUCGGGCCAGGCCGCCAUCGAGGAAGAGUUCAGCAGAGUCGCGAAGGGCAACAAGGAAUUGGAAGGUAUGCUGUCGAGCGGCGACAUCUCGUCUAUUGAUGUGACCGACUACGUUCGCAAGCCAUUUUAUUCCCAGUAUAAGUGAACAAGUAACGUAGAAUUUUAUCCAAUCCUUGGGUAUUCCCAAUGCCCGUUUACUUUAUCGUGUUUUUAUAGACUUCCUAUGUCCUGGUGGAAGAAACUAUAGAGAAAGUC